AUGCUACUACAAACAUUACUGGCGUUGCUUCUAGUUCAAGUGUCGCACGCGACUGAUACUGCAACAGCGACACGAACAACCGCCUGCCCACUAAUCACGGAACCCCCUAGCCUUGAAGAUCGCGCCGUUACAUCUUUUCACACCAUCGUCAGCACUUCGUACCCUCAAAACCGGUGGUCAAUAGGAUAUGGCAAGAUUGAAGGGAAAGAGGGAUUUUACACUGCCGCUUGUGUUGACGGUUUAUUCGCCUUGAGUGGCAUCUGGGCAGGUUGCGGCGAUCUCAUUUUCACUCGCUGUGUCGGUGCAACUGCAUUUGCUCGUAUUUCCACAGUGUCUUGUAUGGGAACAUGUGUGACGCACAAGAUAUUUGACUACAAGGACACAUCGCAGUCAUCAACUCGAUUUAUUGCUUGUAAUUUUCCGGGGACUUACGAUGGAGCCAUGACCCUUUUGAAGACACCGAUUGGAGCCGCUGCAGAGUCGACUUCUGACGAAGCUUCAACCGCGACGACUGCUGCUGAGACGACAACAGCUUCGGCGACGGAUUCUGCAGCGGGGAUUAUUAGACCAGAGUUUCAACUGAUGUUGAUAGCUGUUGUUUUUGUUCUGCUUUUCUAA